CGGAAGAUAACUGAGCAGUCGGGAUUGCUUUUUUCACCGGACAACUGGCAGCUAACGGGCAGAAGAAGAGAGGAGUAGAUACUCACGGGGACUACACAGCUGCUCUGUACACACAGGGAUUAUUUGUACUUCUUGUGGGGGCUUUAGGCUUUACUUACACCUACACCAUAAUAACGCAUCCCGGUAUUGUUUUAGAUCUGGUUUUAGCUUCAUGGCUUAGAUGUUUUAGAUGGAGUUUGCAUUGAAAAGGUCGCUGAGGUGUUUUGUAGACCAGAGCUCUUUGAGCUAGUGUUAGCUAGAAGCAGCCAGCCGCGGACUGCACGGUGCGGACCACAGAGUGGAGAAAGUCGCUCUAUCCACAGAGGGACGGACAUCGGCAUUUAUCCCUAACAAUGGGCCUCAUACUCGCCAAACUGUGGAGCUUCUUUUGUAACCAAGAGCACAAGGUGAUCAUUGUGGGACUAGAUAAUGCAGGGAAAACCACUAUCCUCUACCAAUUUCUAAUGAACGAGGUGGUCCAUACUUCUCCCACCAUCGGAAGCAAUGUGGAAGAAAUAGUGGUGAAGAACACCCACUUUUUAAUGUGGGACAUAGGUGGGCAGGAGUCUCUCAGAUCCUCCUGGAACACCUACUACUCCAAUACAGAGGACCUGCGGAAAGCAGCUGUGUUGAUAUUCGCCAAUAAGCAGGAUAUGAAGGACUGUAUGUCUGCAGCAGAAAUCUCUAAAUACCUCACCCUGAGCUCCAUCAAAGACCACCCCUGGCACAUACAGUCCUGCUGUGCACUUACGGGAGAGGGGUAA